AAGAAAAAAAAAAACACAAACAAAAUGGAUCGUUUACGUUGUUCUCUCUCUAGGACAACGAUAACUCCUUCCCUCUCUCUCCUCUUGUUCUCUCUCCUCUUGUUCUUGUGUAAUAUACCCAACUUGGCAUCAGCAGCGGCAGGUUUCAACAACCUGUCAACCAUAACAUUCAGUGAAGGCUACAACCCUCUCUUCAGCGACUUCAACAUCCUCCGAUCCUCCGAUGACCGGACUGUCUCACUCCUCCUCAACCGCUUGUUCGGGUCUGGUUUUAUUUCACCGGACUACUACAAUUAUGGGCUGUUCAGUGCAAAAAUCAAGUUGCGAUCCAAUUACUCUGCCGGUAUUGUGGUUGCAUUUUAUACAUCAAAUGGAGAUGUAUUCGAGAAAACACAUGAUGAAUUGGACUUGGAGUUCCUACCAAAGAGUUCCAUCGUUACACCAUUCUCUGGACCUCCAAAUCCAUCAUGUAAGCUUUUCAUUUCAUUUUCUUUUUUCUUUUCUUUUCCAGGAAAGUUUUAG